AUGAAACAAUCGACCCUUCUUGCAUUGGAAGGAUUGCAGACAGUGCUCAAGGUUGUAAUAUUCAUUGCGAUCUUUGGAGCAGCAAUCUCAUCGCGUCUAUUCUCUGUUAUAAGAUUUGAAUCUAUCAUUCAUGAGUUUGACCCGUGGUUUAACUUUAGGGCUACCAAAUAUCUUGUUAGCCACUCUUUCUAUGAAUUUUUGAAUUGGUUUGACGACAGAACAUGGUAUCCCUUAGGAAGAGUUACCGGUGGUACCUUAUACCCUGGUCUAAUGACCACUUCGGGUGCUAUCUGGCAUAUUUUACGUAAGAUUGGGUUACCAAUUGACAUCCGUAAUAUCUGUGUGUUGUUUGCUCCAGCAUUUUCUGGUUUUACUGCUUGGGCCACGUAUGAAUUCACAAAAGAAUUAAAAGACUCUAGUGCAGGUUUGCUUGCAGCUGCUUUUAUGGCAAUUGCACCUGGUUACAUCUCAAGAUCCGUGGCUGGUUCAUAUGACAAUGAAGCCAUUGCUAUUACACUAUUAAUGGUAACGUUCAUGUUCUGGAUCAAGGCUCAAAAGACUGGCUCUAUAUUAUUUUCCACGUUUGCUGCAGUAUUCUACUUUUACAUGGUUUCCGCUUGGGGUGGCUAUGUGUUUAUUACCAAUUUAAUCCCAUUACAUGUGUUUAUUUUAAUCUUGAUGGGUCGUUAUCAGUCUAAGCUAUACUCAGCAUAUACCACAUGGUAUGCUAUUGGUACAUUAGCUUCUAUGCAAAUUCCAUUCGUGGGUUUCUUGCCAAUUAGAUCUAAUGAUCAUAUGGCUGCCUUGGGUGUUUUCGGACUAAUCCAGAUUGUUGCAUUGGGUGAUUACAUUAAGUCACAAGUCUCUAGUGAGAAAUUUAAGGUUGUUAUGAUCAUCUCCUUAGUUCUAAUUUUGGCAAUUGGUGUAUCGGGCCUAUUCUUUUUGACCUACAUGGGUUACAUUGCUCCUUGGACUGGAAGAUUCUACUCAUUAUGGGAUACCAACUAUGCUAAAAUCCACAUUCCAAUUAUUGCUUCAGUCUCAGAACACCAACCUCCAGCAUGGCCUUCAUUUUUCUUUGACAACCAGUUCUUGAUCUGGUUGUUCCCAGCAGGUGUUUUCUUACUCUUUUUAGAUCUAAAGGAUGAGCAUGUGUUUGUUUUGGCAUAUUCUGUACUAUGUUCUUACUUUGCUGGUGUCAUGAUCAGAUUGAUGUUGACUUUGACUCCAAUCAUUUGUGUUACCGGUGCAAUUGCAAUUUCGAAACUAUUCGACAUAUACUUGGACUUUUCCGUUCUACUUUCUGGUGGAUCAAAGGCUACUGAGAUAGCAAAGUCUGUUGAAAAGCUGGCUGAAAAGGAACCAAAAAAGCAGGCUCUUUCCAAAUCCGAAGAUGAUGAAGCUGAUGACUACGAAGCUCAUCUUGAAUUUGAAUACGAAGAAUCCUCUAAAUCGCGUUGGUUCAAUGUUGCUGCUAAAGCUCUUGUUUCUGCAUCAUUCAUCAGUUACCUAUUCAUAUUCGUUUAUCAUUGUACCUAUGUUACUUCGAACUUCUACUCUUCCCCAUCUGUUGUUAUGCCAUCUCAGAACCCAGAUGGUUCAGUUGCUUUGAUUGAUGACUUUAGAGAGGCCUACUACUGGUUACGUAUGAAUACUGCUGAAGAUGCUAAGGUUGCUGCUUGGUGGGAUUACGGUUACCAGAUUGGUGGCAUGGCUGACAGAACUACCCUUGUCGACAACAAUACAUGGAACAAUACACACAUUGCAAUUGUUGGUAAGGCAAUGUCAUCUCCACAAGACAAAGCUUACGAAAUUCUAAAGGAACAUGAUGUAGAUUAUGUUUUGGUUGUUUUCGGUGGUGUUCUAGGUUACAGUGGUGAUGACUUGAACAAAUUCUUGUGGAUGGUAAGAAUUUCAGAGGGUAUUUGGCCAGAUGAGGUUAAAGAACGUAAUUUCUUUACCGACAGAGGCGAGUAUCGUGUGGAUUCCCAGGCCACGAAGACUAUGAAGGACAGUUUGAUGUACAAGCUCUCUUACUAUAGAUUCCCAUCACUGUACCCUAACGGGGAAGGUGUUGACAGAGUGCGUAACCAAAAGAUCACCGAAAACGAUGUUGGUGAUUUAGACUACUUCGAGGAAGUUUUCACCUCUGAAACGUGGUUGGUGAGAAUCUACAAACUAAAGUCACCCGACACCUUAGGUCGUGACCACGGUUCCGCUGCCAAGUUCAGCAAGAGCUCCAAGGGUGGAGUAAGAAAGAGAUCAGUAAAGAAGCCUACAACAGAUCUCAGAGUAUGA